GAGGGAUGCACAAAGAAAUUUCUGAAAAAGGGGAAUGCCUAGAUGUAAGCAAAACUAUAGCCCAGAGAAACAGAACAUCACAUGAACCCUUGUGCAUGCAUGUGGGAUCACUAGUCCUACCUACAUCACCCUCAAAUUUUGACCAUUCACUCCUUUGUAGACUGGCCAGACACUGGGGUUUCACAGCUUUCAUUGGAAUAUGACACCUGGUUCUUUGCCUUAUAGCUGCUGAGACUGCAUGCUCCCUGCUGUAAUUUUUGGGAAGCUGGGGAAUGAAAAGCUGGAUUAUACUGCUGGCUCUUGUAGUCAGCACAGCAGAAACACAAAAGCAGGACAUCUGCACCCAAGGGUAUCCUGGCAUCCCUGGCAAUCCUGGGCACAAUGGUGUACCUGGUCGUGAUGGACGUGAUGGUUCAAAAGGCGAGAAGGGAGACACAGGUGAAGCAGGACUUCCUGGGAGUUCAGGAAAAGAUGGUGCAGAUGGAGAAAAAGGUGAACGAGGAGCCAAUGGGACUGUUGAAGAGAAGGGGAACAAAGGAGAUAAAGGAGAAAGAGGACGACCUGGGAAACUGGGACCAAAAGGAAUUACAGGGUCAGUGGGUUACAAAGGUCAGAAGGGAGAGCUGGGACUGCAAGGACAAAAGGGAUUAAAAGGAGAUAUUGGGCCCAUAGGACCAAAAGGGACAAAGGGUGAAAUUGGCCAUCCUGGAAGAGUUGGCUUCCCAGGGCCAAUUGGCCCACCUGGUAAUCCAGGUCCUAAAGGUAAUACUGGAGAUCUUGGACCACAGGGUAAUCCAGGAAUUCAGGGGGAAAGAGGCUUGAAAGGAGACAGAGGAGAUAAGGGGAAUGUAGGUGCCCCAGGGGUCCUGCCAAGGAGUGCUUUCAGUGUCGGCCUUACAGUCUCCACCAAAUUUCCUGCCCCAAAUCGCCCAAUUAAGUUUGACAAAGUGCUGUAUAACAGUCUAAAUGACUACAACUCAGUUACUGGCAAAUUCACCUGCAAAUACUCUGGAGUUUACUAUUUCACCUACCACAUCACGGUCUACUCAAGGAACGUCCGAGUAGCUUUAGUUAAAAAUGGCAUCAAGAUGCUGCACACUGUAGACAGGUACCAGGGUGGAGAGGACCAGGCCUCAGGAGCUGCCAUCCUUGAGCUACAGAGAGGAGAUGAGGUGUGGCUGCAGGCUCACCAAGGAGAGACUUUCAACGGGCUGUUUGCAGAUGCUGAUGAUGAUACCACCUUCUCUGGGUUCCUCCUGUUCAGCACUUCUGACCCACUGGAGCUGCUGCCAACACCCACCAUGUAACUUCACAUUAUCUGUGAAUGCUGCACUUAUAUGUCCCUCAUCCCUCCCUAAUAAAGUUAUCUGCUGGUCAAUUUCUACUGCUUUCAACAGAAAGUAGAAAACAUCCAGGCAAGUAUGCUGAGGGCUGAAAGGGAGGCUGCAGGGCAGACUGGGACCAGAUAGACAUCUAUUGAGGGUUUGGGGUUUAUUUUGGUGAAGUCAUCACAGUGGGAAGGUGUAGGAACAC